AUGUCUGGAUUCAACAUUGCAACUCCUUCCAUGACCACGCCUGCUACUAUGCAGACGCCUGCUAUGCAGACACCUUCUGUACCUACACCACACCCUAAUGUCACUACGCCUUUUGCUGUACCAACAACGCCCGCACCCUUAGAUACACCCACUCCCAGUAACAGAGAUCCUAAUUCUGUAGCUGGCAUUACACCUACCUUACAAAAUAUCGUUGCUACUGUCAACUUGGAUUGCCGUUUGGAUCUAAAGACAAUUGCUUUGCACGCUCGUAAUGCUGAAUAUAAUCCCAAGCGUUUUGCAGCUGUUAUCAUGCGUAUCCGUGAUCCAAAGACCACUGCUUUGAUUUUCGCUUCUGGUAAAAUGGUGGUUACUGGUGCUAAAAGUGAGGAUGAUUCAAAACUCGCUGCACGUAAAUACGCUCGUAUUAUUCAAAAGUUGGGAUUCCAAGCGAAAUUUACGGAUUUCAAGAUUCAAAACAUUGUUGGUUCUUGCGAUGUCAAAUUCCCUAUUCGUCUUGAAGGUUUAGCCUACUCUCACGGUCAUUUCAGUUCGUAUGAACCUGAAUUGUUCCCUGGCCUCAUCUACCGUAUGGUCAAGCCCAAGAUUGUUUUAUUGAUUUUCGUUUCUGGCAAAAUCGUAUUGACAGGCGCUAAAGUUCGUGAGGAAAUUUACCAAGCAUUCCAAGCUAUAUAUCCCGUACUCACUGAAUUUAGAAAGCCCUAA